AUUGGCUCUCCCAGUUGUCACUCACCGCAUGGUCCCUUCAUGUCACCGGCGGGCCUUGUUGCUCCCUCGCCGGGCUACUUUUCAUAAUGUUGGUGGUUCCUACGUUUCUACCUCAAACGUCCAAAAGCUGUUAAAAGCCUUGAUCCAGGAUGCCAUGGCGGAAAAGACUGAAAUGGUGCCUUUUGGCGAUAGUUAGCAGCUAGGUGGCUUAUUGCCGGCUAGCUAACGCUUGCUAGCGUGAUAGCAUUUCUUCAUUAUUACACUUUUUCAUACGUGCUUUUUUUUUGCUUCUAUUUUAGCUGCUGAAACUCAAUACGCUGCUAUGGAAAGAGCUAACAGCUUGCAGAGGUUCAUGAACAGGCGUCCCUCCGCUAAUUGUCGCUACCAGCCUACCCGCUACGAGCAUGCCGCCAACUGCUACACACACGCAUUCCUGAUCGCUCCCGCCUUGGUGGGCAUGGCGCUGCUGCACCGGUUGUCAGACAACCAGUGGCAGCGCGUGACGGCGUGGGUGUACGGUCUGGGCCUGUGCGCCCUCUUCCUUGUGUCCACCGUUUUCCACAUCAUCACCUGGAAGAGGAGUCAUAUGAGGGAGGUGGAGCACUGCUUCCACAUGUGCGACAGGGUGGUCAUCUACGUCUUCAUCGCUGCCUCUUACACGCCGUGGCUGAACCUGCGAGAACUGGGGCCACUCGCUGCUCACAUGCGCUGGUUUGUUUGGCUGAUGGCGGCCGCCGGAAUCAUCUAUGUCUUCAACUACCACGAAAAGUACAAAGUGGUGGAGUUGACCUUCUACUUGACUAUGGGCUUCUUCCCUGCAUCCGUGGUCGCCUCAAUGAACAACACGGAGGGUGUUCACGAGCUGGCAUGCGGCGGCCUCAUCUACUGCCUGGGCGUGGUCUUCUUCAAGAGCGAUGGCGUCAUCCCCUUCGCCCACGCCAUCUGGCACGUGUUUGUGGCACUCGCGGCCGCCGUGCACUACUAUGCCAUCUGGAAGUACCUCUACAAGCCCUCCGGCGCCGAUGCCCUCUUCCACUCGUGAGACACCGCCGAAAUAACGUUUACGACCACGAAAUGUUUACCCUCUUUUCCUAUGCGGUUCUUUGAAGCCCAAACUUUUCUAUCACUUCCUGUCAUUCCACUGGCAGAGAGGAGGAGCCGAAACGCUAUGAGGCGGGGUUAUCUUUAAAAACCUCUUCCUGUCACGCCAGAAAGAGAAUUUUAGUGAAAUCGAAAGUGUUCAAUUUGGCUAAAGUCAAGAUGGACACAUGUGGGCGAACUGGCGAGGGCGGUGCCUUGACUGAAGGGCGGAGCUUAGGCCAUUAACAUUUGACUUAUUUAGCGCCCCCUGCUGGUCUUUUGCUGCACUCCGGGUGACAUGAAGGUGCUGAGAAGUCAAUGUUGAUGUCGUCUUUGUGACAUGUGUUCUUGUAAAGUUGGCCUUCCUGCCGCCAUCUUUUGUGGUGCUACUCGCUCUCCUCUUGCGACAAUAAAAGCAGAAAAAAAUGCAAAA